GCAUUGACGGUCACUAUGGCAACGGCUGUUUACUCUGAGCAGAGGACUUUGUUUCAUUUCUGAAGAAAUACUUGGUGGUGUAUACUCUCCUAUAACCUGUUUUUUUAUCCUUUAAGCUCUUCAUCAAGUCUAUAUCGUUAGUUACUUUGCAUAAUCAGUCUGCAAGCUGGUUCCACUAAAACCAUUAAGAACAUAUGAUGUCACCAGGAAGGUUUUAAGGUGUGUCCUGACAGACCGCGUGCCAGCAGCAGGAGCCGGGAGAUCAGGAUGUCAGAGGAGAGUGGACUUUCAGACGAAGGUCCACGGAAAGUGUCCUACAUUUUCCCGAAUGGGGACAGUUAUGGAGAAAGCAUUAAAUCUGAAUCAGGAGUAGUGAUGAGAAGUGGGACGGGCCAACAGAGUUCAGCCAAUGGCGUCGUGUAUACCGGAGAGUGGCAGGAGGAUCAGAUGAACGGCAGAGGAACCGUAGCGUACCCUUCAGGGGCGAUCUACGAAGGGGAGCUUAAGGACAACAGGUACCACGGUAGAGGGACCUACACCUUCCCAGACGGGUCCAAGUACACGGGCGCCUUCUUCGACAACAGGCUGGAAGGAGAAGGGACUUUCACAUGCCCAAAGGGAUUGGUUUGGACUGGAGAUUUCCAUGGCAAAGCAGCACUAGGCCUCAAACUGCAACAUAAUUUCUGACUCACAGACAUACACACAUUUGUAUAUGGUUCCGGGGGAGGUAAUGCCCAAUGCGCCUAGUAAGUAAUCUCAGACAUGAAUAAAGCCAUGAAGAAUAAAGACAUGAAGAAUAAGACCUUGCCUAUGGCAAGUGUACCGGAUACGAGUGGACUGCCGCAGCGGGUCAAUAAUUUUGCAGGAAAAAAACCUCAUUUUGAUUUUGAUUAACUUCCACACCGGCAUGUUUAAUAGAGGAAGGACAAAUUGUAUUAUGUGUCAAUGUUUUAUUUUCUUAACCCAAUUUGGAUUUUGUACUCUGUUUUGUAUUCAUGUGUUGUACUAAACAUUCGUUCUUUUCACUUUGCAUGGACAUCUCGUCCGUCACGUUUUUGUUAAGCAAAUGUAUUUGUUAAACAGUAGUUUUGUAAACAUUGUUUUAUGUAUCCUUCGAGCCACGCUGUGAGUUCUAUCCUCUCAUGGUGCUUGUAUUAACUUACCAUGAGAGAGGAAAUGUACUGUAGAAUGGAAGCCAGUGCAUUAGCACUUCAAUCCCCCGCAGUCCAAUCAGAUGAGGCAUAGAAUAUGCCUGUAACCAACCAACAUCUGUAUGCCAACCACUCACUCAUCACCCGGAGGUGUGUGUGUCUGUGUGUGUCUGUGUGUCUGUCUGUGUGUCUGUGUGCGUGUGUGUCUCUCCACGAUCCCGCUAUUCUUUGCUGGAAAAUAAUUGUUAACAGUGUCAUAGAUAUCAGUGUCUUAUUAAUUGCCUCACAUAGGCCUAUACAUUUUAUAAUCUUCAUUAAUUUAUCAGUUGAACUGAAUACGCCUUUCUGUUCUAGCCGUGGCACCUGUGCACUCUUCAUGAGACACUGACAUAUAACAGUUAAUAAAACACAAUACAAAACAUCAAACGUAAUUUGGACAAACCUUUUUAAUUGAAGCAGCUCUGAUAUUUUCCUUCUGAGUAAUCAUAUAUUAUUCAUCAGUCAUUGCACAUAACCCUGAACAUAUUCACUGUAUUAAGCUAACCUUGGUAUAUGUGAAACUGCAAAACAAAUUAAAAAAACACAAUAAAUGCACACUUAUUAAUAUGAUGCUUAAAACAUCCAAGCACCAUACCAAGAAAACUACAUUUGUAAUGAUUGUACAAGUUUCAGGUAGUAAAAAAUAAAAAGAUCUUGUAUUGCGAAACACAAAUAUUCGUUUGAUGUGAACAGCCUUUGAACAAGGCCUCCAUGAUGAACACUGCCUACUGGAGGCUGUACUUUAAACACACAAAAAUAAACAACUAUCCAUUAUGGCACUCAAAUUU